AUGGUUAUAGACGUGCUCGAACUCGAAGAACUACUGGAGGUGGAGGAACUACUCGAGCUUGAGGAAUCGCUGGGAGUCGAGGAUGUCGAGACAGUCGAGGAAGUCGAAGUGGAGCUAUCAGUGGAGGAGGCUGAGGAUGUGCCCGAUGAACUACUACUAGAAGUGGUGCUAGUGAUGCUCGAGCUAUCAGUGCUACUACUGCCGGUGGUAGUGCUUGUCGGAGCAGAAGUUGUGGUGCCGGUACUGCUGGAGCUAGGAGCACUGCUGCUGCCACUGCUGCUGCUGCCAACACUGCUGGUCGACAAGGAAGUGGUAGUGCUGCUGUUCCCAAAGUUGAAAGUGCUGCUGCUCGAAAGAAUAGGUGAAGUGGUGGAACUACCCGGCGUGACGACAGUCGGAGCGGAGCUUGAGGGCGUGGAGGUAGGCUGCGGCGGGUUCAAGUUGGUUGGAGUGGUGCUCACACUGGGAGACCCAGACGAGGGAACCGACGAAGAUCCGCUGCUCGAGAUUGCAGUAGUUGGCUGCGAGAGGAUGCCGCUACUGCUGGAGCUCAGAGUGACGCUGAGAGACGACGUCGGCGUGGACGAGAUCCCGGUGAUCGCGGAGGUCGGCAAGCUGGUGGUGUUCGACACGGCGGCAGGGGGCUGCACACUCAGAACGAAUCCAACGUUCGCCGGGAUAGGGGUGUUGGUCGGCGCCUGA